CAUGACCUCACUCAAACUACACAUUCGGAAAAAAGCUCCAUGAGAAAUGUUCACACUUCAGCUGACAACAAUUCCCUCUUCAACUAGAGAAAACAUGUUUAGAGUACGACGACUGCAAAAUAAGCCGCCGUGGGGCCGAAGAAAGUUGAGAGUACCAGCACUUUGAUAAAAAAAAAACGAAAAAAAGCUUGUCUCCAAGUCAACUUCAUGGUCUGAAACCGGAGGAGGAAACUGGAGGCGACAGCUCUCAGGAAGGCGAAAAGGGUACAUCUUGUGAGACGAUGUCGGCCGACACCGGAAGAUAUACCGGUGGUGAAAUGGUUUGCCCGCGACUUUCACACGAAUCAACCGACUACGACCAACUACCGACUACGAGCGGUACCACUGGCUUAUACGGCGUCGGAUGGGUGCUACAAAUUGACGCUGGCUUGUUGACCUCCCAGAACAAAUACCUCUGCACCAGCGCUGUCCAUAUGCUGCCGACAUGAUGAGGCGUUCAAGCGUGCUGCAAGAUAAUCCACCGUGGGGGCCAAAGAAAGCUGCGAGUGCCAGCACUUUGAUAAAAAAAGAUCAUCUUCAAGUCGCCACGGACUACAAAGGCGGGUGCACGCAAAUUUUUCCGAUUUAUGCAGAUCCCAAAUACAGAUCAGCAAGUACCAGAAGGCCGAUAAAGACUUUGUGUGGUCCCUGUGGAAACGCCUGCAAGUGGCCAAUCCAGACUUGACCCAGGCUGUGAGUUUGGUGGUUGAGCGUGAGAAGUACAAAGCGGAGAUGAAGGACAGGAAAGUGCUGGAGAUCCUCCAAACCAAGGACUACGAGAUACAGGAUCUGAAGGAGCAAGUGUCAGGGCAGCAGCAAAAGAUCAGCAAGCUACUCCAGAGUCGGACAGUCACGGACGACGAGGGUUCUUUAAUGAAGAGCGAGCUGGAAGCUGCGCGUCAACAGCUGCUCGGCAAGAGCACGGAACUUGAGGAAUGGAAGACGCAGUGUAGGAGGAGAGAGGAGGCGGCGCAGCAAGUGGUCCGGGCUCUCGAGGAGGAGAAAGAGGGAUUAACGUCCCGCUGUGUCGCCCUGCAAGCUGACCUGGAAGAGAGAGAGAGGCAGGCCAGUGACCACCGUGACCAGAGGGAGGCUGCCCAGGCCAGAGUCAAGGAUUUGGAGGAAGAGUUGGGACGAGCCCUGCUGGAGGUAUCCAGGUUGCAGAACAAGAGUAGCUCUUUGGCAGCUUGCAUAACUAUCAAAGAACAGGAGGUGGCAACAAAAGAGGAUCAGCUCCAUAAACUUGGCUGCGACUUGGCAGAAGUGCAGACGUUGUACAAACGGAGCACAGAGCAUGCGGCGGCACAAAGCCAUCUGAUCAAGCAACUGGAGGGACUCAACCUGGACACGCAGAGAGUGCUGAGGAACCAGGAAGAGGUGCAUACUGCUGACAACACCUCCUGUCAGAGGCUGUACAGCGAGCUGAGUCAGUGCUACCAGACCCUCAUGUCGAGCGAGGCCAAGCUGCGCCAGAGCCACCAGGAGCUGAGCAGCCAGCUGGCUCAGAAAGAGCAGCAGAUACUACAACUGCAGGCCCAGCUGCAACAACAACAAAAACAGCAGCAGGAGGAGCAAUUUCCAUCGCGACCACCGGCCCAGCAGACCACAAUUUGUACCUCAACCCAAAGACAAACCAACUUGAAAGCAGCGGUACCUGAGCAGGCCCUCGCCGCAUCCCGGAGGCGUGAUUGUGAGUUGCCAGAGGACAAGGCCCUGCAGCGCACCUCUCCUGCCAGAAGGCAGCAGGGUGCACCUGUGCAGCGAUCCCGGUCUCUGUCCCCGGCCAGCAGUGCCGAGUUUGAUCGCGGGAGAAGACGAGGUGCACAACAAAGGAUGGAAGACCUUGAGGAGUUGCUCCAAUUGAAGAUGGAAGAGAACGACGAACUGAGGAAGGCUCAUGAUAGGCGACGCGAAAGACUGUGCGUGGUUCAGAAAAACUACAAAGCCGUUAAUGACCAGCUGAAGCAGUCGCAAAAAGCAGACGACGUGCCUCGUGGAAGGAUGCCACGGGCCGAGCCAUGGCAGCUAAGACAAGAGGACAGUGAUGCCGUGUGGAACGAACUCACCUACUUUAAAAACCUCACAAGGAAGCUUACCCUGGAAAGGGCCGACUUAGACGAGGAGCUGGACAUGCUGCGGGUCCAGUCCGCAAUGGACCGGGCCACUGUGAAGGAAUUCCACCUGCGUCUCACUGAAGAACACCAGGAGCUGCUCGGCAAAGUGGUGGAGGAGCGCCGGGUCAAAAGAAGCACUCCGAAAAAGCCCUCCGUUUCUUCGGAGCGAUUGGAAGAGUCGUUCAAAAAGAUCCAGCAGCUGGAGCAAAGGAUGAUGUCCCUUGAGGGGGAGACGGCACGGCUGAGGGAAGAGAAACAGCAGCUCCUUGAGGCCAAUGAAGACUUGGCCCACGACUGCUGCAGACUCCAAGCCUCGCGGGAUCACCUGCAAGACCUCAACUCACAGGCCUCGGCCCAGUGGGAACGGCAUCGCGGCGAGAUCGUGGCUCUGGAAGCCCGGCUGGCCGCCUCUCGGAAAGAGUCCUCCGAGCUCCGUCAUCGGCUGCUGAAGCUGAGGCAGGAGUUGGGCAUUCUCCGUGCGGCCCGCGACUUCUACAGGAACCGAACGGCGGGAGCCUCGCGAGCCGGCGGGAGCGCCGGCAGUAUUAGCGGCAAAGCUAAGUUGAAAACAAUUAAGCUCAGGGGUUCCAGCCGCCGAAGCGUCAUCCCCAAUCAAGCCAUCAGCUGGCGAGGCCGCAGCCCGAGUCCCUCUAAGGACGAGUGGGAGGACAUGAGCGGCGAGAGGUAAUGA